AUGUUCCGUAUAUUCCCCGGGUCACGGCCCGCCGGCCACCUCGGCGUCCCGAUCGUGAUUGGCUUCGUGCUCGGCUCUUUCUUCAGCUUCUUGACCCUCACCCACUAUUCCAUCCCGACCGUCUCACCCUCCGGUUGCCAUCACUAUCCCGGGUCUAGUGAUGGGGGAUGCAUUCCGCCAGUGGUGCAUUUCAUCCAGCUCAAGAAGGACGAAUCUAGCAGCCUCCACUUCUCCUUCGAAAACUUCCUCGCCCUCUACGCCGCAUAUCACUUCAUCCAGCCCUCCGUGCUUUAUAUCCACACAGACUUCAGCCCUCAGGAUGUCGCCGACGCAGCUCAGUACGGCUCAUCCUGGACAAGAAAAGUCCUGACCGCCUUUCCAGACGUCUUGCGCCUGAACAAAGUCACCGCUCCAGCCACAGCAAACGGCCGCGACAUUACGCGCGUCGAGCACAGGUCCGAUUUCGUGCGCCUGGACCAACUUCUCCUUUCCGGCGGCAUCUACCUAGACUGGGACGUGCUCACCCUCAGACCCAUCAAUCAGCUUCUCAACUCUGGCUUCAGGGCCGUCGUGGGCCGCCAGGCCGAUGCCACCAUCAUGAACGGCAUCAUCCUGGCGGCCAGGGAUUCAGCUGUAUUGCGGAUCAUGAAGCAAGAGACUCCCAAGGCCUUUGACGGGGACUGGAUCACGCACAGCGUGAGGCUGAUCACGUCCGUCGCGCAGGCCGUCGCGGGUGUUCCGGGCGAGGUGCUCAUCAUGGACGCCGGCGCGUUUGCGCCCUUCUCGUGGGACCAGGCGAGUGUUAACAGGGCGCUUGAGAGGCACGAGGGGGAUGAUGUCCCUCAAAAUGCUAUCAGCAACCCAAAUGUGGCGUCAGGGCCUAUGGCGGCGUGGGAGAGGCAACGGGCAGGCAAGCCAAAGGAAUGGGCUCAUGAUUUUAAAGAUGCGUACUUCUUGCAUAACUACUUCAAUGAUGUCGAGAAUCCCAGGGGCUUCAGCGGCGUUAGCGUGCCAUAUGUAUUAGCAAGAGAUAGCAACUAUGCUCUUGCUGCUUGGCCGAUUGUGAUGCAGGGCAUUAAGGAUGGGUAUAUAGACGAAAAGGACAGCUCACUUUAA